AUGGCUUUAAAUAGUUUUACAAUUGAUCUUUCAAAGAACAACGUCGAACUUGAAACAAUUAAGGAACUUGAUAAAGAAUGCGUAGUUUGCGAGAAACUGAAUGGUAUCAGUAGUGUUGCAAAAAAAAUAGAGAAAAGUGUCGGCAUUAACGAAAUCCCAGCUGAAGCCAGAAAUAUAACUGUUAUACCUAUCAAAGUUGAAUUUGAACUCGAAAAAACUGACACACUGGAAUUAUCAAAUGUUAAAGAGUGCGCUUUUUUAAACAAUGAAUUGAGUGAUCAUGGUUUUCCCAACGAUAUUGAUGCGGAAAAUAAAGUUAUUCCACCUUUUGAAACUGUUCCCCAUACUGACUCUGACGCGUUAAAUAAGUCAAAUAUAGCAUUGGACAAAUUAAUCAAAGCUAACAUUAACGUGCAUACUAAAGAAGAAGAUAUAGAAAAUAUGUCGGAACAGAAUCAAAAAAAUAAUAGUAUAAAUGAAUCCCUUGCGUUAAAUCAUCAUGAGCAACAAAUCGACACAGUUACUCCACAAUUAAGCGUGGAAGAACGCGAGGCGUUGUUAAGAAAAAUGGAUAUGCUUUUAGAAGCAGAAAUUGAAGAGUCUGAAGAGUCAGAGGCGUUGGAGGAUGAAGAUUCCGACGAUUCCGGCGAUUCUGAUUCCGAUAAUAUUGAAUUAAAUUUUGAUAAAGUUUUUGAUGAAAAAAAGAACAUUUUGCAUACAAAGAACGAGAUUAUUGAUGUACCCGUCAACAAGCCAGAAGUAAACAUUACUGACGACCUGGAAAUCCAAGCAAUAGGCACAAUAAAUCAUAUUGUGGAGAAUGUUGUUGUCGUGUCAUCUUUAUUCUCUGAUAGAAAUAAAGUCUUGGAUGCAGGUAGUAUACUUGUAUUUGAGAACAGAGAGUUAAUUGGUGAGAUAUUUGAGACAUUUGGACCUGUACAUAAACCCCACUACAGUAUAAGAUUUAAAGACGAAGAAGAAAUAAACAUAGAAAAAUAUCGUCAAGGGGUUAAAGCUUUUGUUGUUUUGAAAUUUGCAAAACAUGUUUUUGUCAAACCGCUUCAACAAAUAAAAGGCUCUGAUGCAAGUAACCAGUUUGACGAAGAAAUUGAUGAAUCGGAAAUUGAAUUUUCGGAUGAUGAGCGAGAAGCUGCACAUAAAGGAAGACUGUUGCAUCAGAAACGUCAAAGGCAAGUCAAUUCAUAUGAAAGCACAUCGACCGAAAGAACGCCAAAAAUAAGAAGGCAGCCAAAUCAGAGACCAUCAUACCGAACGAAUAUCACCGCACAAACUGAUAAUUCAUUUGAAUAUAUACCUCUUCAAAGACCCAGACAAAUGAUAACACCUAACAACAACAUCAACUAUUAA